UUACAAAUCAAAUGCGUGAGAAUAACAAAGAUGGCUGAAGAGCAAGAGGUGAUUCAAAUAGAGCUUUUGUGCAAACAGCUCUAUGAAUCACAAGAUCCAGUUAUCCGUGAGCAGGCUGAGAAGGCGGUGGUUGCGUUUCAGGAGUCCCCUGAUACACUAAGCAAAUGUCAGGCGUUGCUGGAACGGGCUGAUUCUAGUUAUUCACAACUCUUGGCAGCUACUACUCUAGGGAAACUAAUUAAUAGAUCGACAAGCAGUUUAUCCAUACAACAGAGGCUAGAUAUUAGGAAUUAUAUAUUGAAUUAUUUGGCUACCCGACCGAAGUUGGCGAAUUUUGUUGUUCAGGCUCUCAUAUCACUAUUCGCACGCAUCACAAAAUUGGGAUGGUUCGACACUGUGAAGGAAGAACACGUGUUCCACAACGUGCUUAGUGACGCAACUACCGGUUUCUUACAGGGUCCCGUUGAGACUUGUACAAUAUUUGUGCAAUUGCUGUCACAGUUGGUUGUGGAAAUGAACCAAGUUUGUGAGGCUGAUGCUAACCGCUCCCUCUCCAAACACAGGAAGAUAGCAUCAUCAUUCAGGGACACUCAGCUUUUUGAAAUAUUCCGCGUGUCGUGCUCUCUGCUGAGCUCAGUUCGAAGCCAGCAAAUGUCAAUGUCAAUGUCAGACGAGAGUCAACAGACGUUGCUCGCCGCUCUGCUGAGAUUGGCGCACAAUUGUUUGACGUUUGACUUUAUUGGGACCACGAAUGAUGAAUCCUCAGAUGAUCUGUGCACUAUACAGGUGCCCACAUCAUGGCGUCCGACAUUUCUGGAAUCCAAUACUCUGGAAUUGUUCUUCUCGUUGUAUUCCUGCGUCCGCGGUUCUCUUGCCGGUCUUUCUCUUGCCUGUUUGGUGCAGUUGGCUUCAGUUCGAAGGUCGUUGUUUAGUAACAGCGAGAGGGCGAAGUUCCUGAACAAACUUGCAGUUGGGGUUUUGAACAUUUUGGAGGAUACGCAGGGGCUGUCAGAUCCAACGAAUUAUCACGAGUUCUGUCGUCUGCUCGCCCGUUUGAAGUCCAACUAUCGUUUGGGUGAAUUGGUGAUGGUGGAUGACUAUCCGAGGCUCAUUGAAGAAAUUGCAAAAUUCACUGUGCAAAGUUUGCAGAUGUGGCAAUUCGCGCCGAACUCGGUGCAUUAUCUGCUGUCGCUAUGGCAACGGAUGGUGGCGUCCGUGCCGUACGUCAACGCUACGGAGCCGCACUCGUUGGAGACGUACGCGCCGACGGUCACGGCGGCCUAUAUUAACAGCCGGCUGGAUUCAGUUCCUGUGUUGCUUAGGGAAGGUCUAGAAGACCCUUUAGACGAUAUGGGUGCUGUGCAACAACAGUUGGAACAAGUGGCUGUGAUAGGCCGAUGCGAAUACGCGAAGACGUGUCAGCUACUCGUGGCGCACUUUGACAGAGCGGCGGCGGCCUAUAGCGUGGAGACACAGCCGCAACAGAUAUUGGUUUUGCAAGGUCAACUAACAUGGCUCGUGUAUAUAAUCGGGGCGGCCAUAGAUGGACGCUCAUCCGUGAACACCUGCGAUGAAAAUGAUGCCAUGGACGGGGAGCUGGUCUGUAGGGUUCUUCAGCUGAUGGAUUUGACGGAUUCAAGGCUCGCUAAUGGUGGUUGUGAAAAGCUAGAGUUGGCUAUGAUGUCGUUCUUCGAGCAGUUUCGUAAAAUAUAUGUUGGUGACCAAGUGCAGAAGACUAGCAAAGUGUAUCGUCGACUUAGUGAAGUGUUGGGAUUAAGUGAUGAGAGUCAGCUACUUAGUGUCAUCAUGAGGAAGAUAAUAACGAAUUUGAAAUAUUGGGGUAGUUCCGAGGCUAUAAUAUCCAAAACGUUGGGGUUGUUGAGCGAUCUGAGCGGGGGAUACUCGUGUGUACGGAAGCUGGUCAGAUUGGACGAGGUCAAAUUUAUGUUGACUCAUCAUACGGCGGAACACUUCCCGUUCCUUGGAAUCGGCGUUGGUACGGCGGAAAUGCGUUGUCGCAGUAUGCUCUAUACGGCGUUGGGAAGAUUGUUGAUGGUGGAAUUGGGCGAGGAUGAAGACCGAUUCCACGCGUUUAUGAUGCCCCUAACAGCUGCCUUUGAAAGCAUAAUAGGCCUGUUAGGAAGCGCGGAGAAUCCUUUAUAUGCGUCCGAAGACGCGAAGAAGACGCUGAUAGGCCUCGCGAGGGAUUUGAGAGGUCUCGCCUUCGCGUUUAAUACGAAAUCUACUUAUAUUAUGCUCUUUGAUUGGAUAUACCCACUGUACAUGAAGGUGUUACUGCGCGGCAUCGAACUGUGGUACAACGAGCCGGCCGUGACCACGCCCAUCCUGAAGUUGACCACUGAGCUGGUGCAGAAUAGGAACCAGAGGUUGCAUUUUGACGUCAGCUCGCCGAAUGGAAUUUUGUUGUUUAGGGAAUUGUCCAAUAUUAUUUGCGCUUAUGGUAGUCGAAUACAAACAGUAGAUGUAAGCAAGAAACAAAUGUAUGCGAUGAAGGUUAAAGGCAUUUCGUUGUGUUUCUCCAUACUUAAGACGGCUCUGUGUGGAAAUUAUGUUAAUUUUGGUGUUUUUAGGUUAUAUGGUGAUGACGCCCUAGAUAAUGCGUUAAAUAUGUUUGUUAAAUUAUUGUUAAAUAUACCACAGAGUGACUUAUUGUUCUAUCCAAAACUAUCCCAAACCUACUACGUACUAUUAGAGAGGCUUGCACAGGAUCAUAUGCCGUAUUUGGCCUCUAUACAGCCAGAGGCCACUUUGUAUAUACUUUCAUCUAUAUCGGAAGGCCUUACUGCUAUAGAUACAAGUGUAUGUACAGGGUGUUGUUCUACGCUAGACCACGUAGUAACAUAUUUAUUUAAGCAAUUAGUACAGAAAUCAAGUAAAGCCUCUAAUCCGAGACAGGCGACGCCGGAAAGCAGCAAUAUGUUCAUAGAAGUGCUCCAAAGGCGGCCGGAGAUUAUGCAGCAGCUAUUGGCAACUGUAGUGAACGUGAUAAUGUUCGAAGAAUGCUGCAACCAGUGGUCCAUGUCUCGGCCGCUCCUUGGGCUCAUUCUGCUGAACGAGGAGCAGUUCUCUGGUCUCCGCUCUGAGCUCAUCUCCCAACAGCCUCGGCAUCGGCAGCAUCACCUGGCCCAGUGCUUCGACCAGCUCAUGUCUGGCGUCGAGAGGAAUCUGCUAACGAAAAAUAGGGAUAGGUUCACACAAAACCUAUCGAUGUUUCGACGCGACAUCACUGACCUACUGAAAGGAACAACCGUCAAUACACCGUCUGUCAAUGACAUGAUGACGUCAUAAUGUCAACGAUAACUGUCAUCCGAUGAAAUAUGUACAGUGGAUGAUAUGACGACAGUAUAGCAACGAAAGUGACCCUGCGUUUGACGUUCAGUCAAAAUGAUAUAACGUCACACGUGACAGCCAUAAUAUAAUAUGGCUUAUCACGUCUGUAUAUCAUCACUGUUAACUGACAUAUAUUGUAAAACGUCUCAAACUAGACGUAAUUAUAUAUAUAGACUGUCAAAUGGUUGACAUGCCGUCGUUGUCAAUCCCAUAUCACUAUACUGUCUGCAUCAAAAUAAUAGUUUCUGCGCACAAUAUACAAAUUAAUGGACUUGUACACAGAAUAUACACACAGACAUUUCUUUGCCGAUCUAGAUCAGUGCUGUAUGUGAAAGAUUUUUUAAAUCAUUAACAAGUUAAAGGCAAACAUUCGUAUCAGAAAUGAAUUGAAAUCAUUUAUUGGCUGUGGUACAAUUAGAUACAUUAAUUAUAAAAUCCGCCAUAUAUAGGCAUGGAAAUGUCAUAUUAAUUUAAAAAUGUCAUAAUAAAAAGUGAGUUAAGUUAUUCAGAAUUGGUUAGUGAUUUAUAACUUCUAGGAAGGUGAGUCAAUAGUUUAAUAGCCAUACGCUGUCAUACGAAGUAGUUUGCGGAAGAUAAAAAUAUUUCGAGUUAAGACAAAUAUAAAAAAAUAUGUCUGUCUGAGUGGUAUAAAACCGGCGAAAUAAAAAUUACAAAAAAAAAUAGCGUGACCAUGGCACUGACUGCCAAAAGCAUGGACACAGCUGUGUCUCUACCAAUAUUUUAAAAUGGCAAAAAAGUUACAGAAAUGUGUGUGUAUUCUGUGUACAACAAAUUAUUUUUAUUUUUGACUAAAGUACGGGGUUCUAGCAAAGAACUGUCAAAUGGUUUUGAUGGGGUCGAGAUUUAAAUAUACAUAUUAUGAAAACAAUUUUUUUUUUCCUAAUUAUCGCACUCUUGUAAGUAAAAGGUGAGAAACAAGAGACGUAAGUGAAACGUAUUAUGACGUAUCAUGACCAUGCGGUUGACCAAUCACAAUGGAACAGAACGCGCCAGACCUGGGGGUCUAGUCAAGACGGCUUAACAGUAGUGUAUGUAGAAAAUGACAGCUAGUACCAACUGUCGACACUAGCUGUCAUUUUCAUACAAAUUUAGUUUUCGACUUUCUACAUACACUACUGUUACGCUGUCUUGGCUAGACCCCCUGUUCUGAAAAAUUGAAUUUCGAACGUCAACACUGACAUGAAAUUCGAAAUUUGAAAUUUCCUUCUUUGAUUUUUUUUUUCAAUUCAUCCCUAAUGGGAAAGGCAAAAGACUUUAGUCCAUACAGCAUUUCCUUCUUUGAUGUUCUUAAGAUUUUUUUUUAAUUUAGCACAUGACUAUGGAUACAAGUCUUUCAGCCUGUUUAACGAUUUUUAAACGACCAACAAAUUUAUUUGCAAAUAAUUUUCGCUAUAACCCCGUAAUGACUGUUUUUAUUUUGAUGAAUUUUGCACAGUUUAUGUUAGAGUAAAAUGUAGGAAUCAUUCCAACUGGACAAUUGUGUAGUGAAAACAUUUAUCGGUUUAAAACGUGUGCCGAAUUUAAUUACGAUUUUAAAUUGCUAAAUCUAGCAAUAUAUACUCCUUAGUAAAUAUUGCUUAAGUAAUAAUAUUAAUUCGUCUUAAGGACAAUGAGUCAAAAUCUAUUUGUAAGUUUUAACAAGUAAUUAGGCUAGAAAUUGAAAAUUACACGUUUUAAUCCGAUAUACUAUGGUAAUAAUUUGUAUAGUUUUUGAUUCGUUAUUUGUGAGGCGAAUGUAAAUAUUUAAAUAAAAUGUGAUUUAUACAAU